AUGACUUCGCUGCGGGAGCGAUCUAAGAUGUUGAGUGUGACGGUGGAGGCAAUUAGAACCAUCGAGAGCUUUGUGGAGGACUACGAUGCCGAGAUUGAUCAAGACAAAAUCGAAUCUAGAUUAAAGAGACUGGAUAUACUAUAUGAUCGCUUUGUUGAUACAUCCAUCGCAGUGGAAUUGUUAAUGGAGGAUAAAUCCGAAACUAAAGCUAUUCUAGUGAAAGAUCGUAACGAAAUGGAAGAACGAUAUUAUACAUUACAUGAUUUCCUAACAACACACAAACCGAAUCAUCAUGUUUCGGCUAAUUCCCCUCAGAUUUCCACAUCUGUUGUACGUUUACCGAAAAUUGAUUUGCCGAGUUUUGAUGGUGAGAUUGACAAUUGGAUUCCUUUUUAUGACGCAUAUCGUAGUUUAAUUCAUAACAACAAAAAUUUAGCUGCUGUGGAUAAGUUCCAUUACCUGAUGGCCGCACUCAAAUAUCCUGUUAAAAAACUACUCGAUACAACUAACAUAACGGGCGAUAAUUAUAAAAUCGCUUGGGAUCUGCUUGUAAGUCGGUAUGAUAAUAAACGUUUGCUUAUUAAAAAUCACAUUGCGUCAUUGUUCGCCAUUGAUCCUGUGAGGAAGGAAUCUUCAAAUGCGAUAUUAGCCCUGGUUGACCAAUUUGAACGUCACGUAAGAAUUCUAUCGACGUUGGGGGAGCAAACUGAACGAUGGAGCUCUCUGCUGGUACACAUGGUGUGUAGUCGAUUGAAUCAUAACACUUUGAGGGAAUGGGAGCGGUCAACAGCCUGCGAUAAGGAGAAGAUUCCUACCUAUAAUGAAUUGAUUACAUUUUUGAAAGAUCAAGCUCGGAUCUUAAUAUCCUUGAAUAGUGGUAGUCCAGCAAUAUUAUCACCAAAAGAAAAAUCUCGUUUUUCUGUCGCCCAUGCUGCAGCUGUGUCCAAAUCGUUUUCACCUAAGUCUUGUAUCGUAUGCAACCAAUCACAUCGCAUUUAUGAUUGCGAAGUCUUUAAACGAAUGCCACUUGAGCAGAAGCAAGAUGUCGUCCGCAAGAAAAAGCUUUGUUGGAAUUGUUUAUCUAUGAAACACCUUAGUCGUGAUUGCUCAUCUCAAUCCUGUAGAAAAUGCAACGAAAAACAUCAUUCUCUAUUACAUCCACUCUCCCCCAACGAUCGAUCCACCUACACCAAUAUGAAUUCAUCACCUGUGAACAUACGAACCACCAACGCCACCGCCGGUAGUGAAUCUGUUACUUCGGCACAGUUAUCCACUCCCACACCAUCCACAUCAACCACCACGUCCGCCACCCGACAGCCACUCACCAAUGCUUUAGCUGCAGCGCAGUCAUCGAAUACCACCUAUUCAACUGUUUUGUUAUCCACCGCCGUGGUGAGGGUCCACGGUCCAUCUGGGAAAUCCACCUUCGUCCGAACUUUACUGGACUCAUGCUCCGAGUCAAAUUUUAUCACCGAAAGAAUCGUUCAACUUUUGAGCUUGAACCGUCAAAAGCAAACAACGGUCAUCGCAGGCAUGGGUGGCGCUACAGUCAACAGCACACAUUGCACCGUCGCCACUUUCAGUUCCAUCGACACCACGUAUUCACACACACUGACUUUCAGUAUCCUCCCAAGGAUCACUAACGAUUUACCAGCUCGACCGAUUGACGUUUCACACUGGAAACUUCCUUCCGAGGUGACCUUAGCUGAUCCCGAUUUUGCAAAACCGCAAAGGAUAGACAUGGUAAUUGGGGCUCAACUUUUCUUCAGCCUUCUGGUGAAAGGUCAGAUUCAAGUGGACCCAAUGUCUCCUGAAAGCCAGCCUGUUCUCCAACGUACCUUACUUGGAUGGAUAGUUAGUGGUCCUGUGUCCACCGGUACAGCCUUUGGAGACUCUGGAAGAGUCGCUAUGCUUUGUACUACCGAUGACUUAGAUCAACAACUGACUCGAUUUUGGGAAGUCGAGAGUUGUCCGCGGAGCCGUGGGCUUUCUAAAGAAGAAUUAUGUUGUGAAGAUCAUUUUUCUAAAACAACCACCAGAGAUGAAUCAGGCAGAUUUGUUGUGCGCCUCCUCAAGAAGAAAAAAAUGUUGAGUCAACUUGGCGAUUCCCAGAUCAGUGCUUUUCGUCGAUUUCAGUGGAUGCAAUGUCGAUUCAUCAAGAACCGAGAAUUAAAGGAGCAAUAUUCUGAUUUUAUGACAGAAUACAUUGCUCUCGGCCAUAUGGCUCCAGUGAUUCCAUCCGAAGAUACCAAAAAUUCCAACACGUAUUAUCUCCCUCAUCACGCCGUGCUCAACCCAAGCAGCACCACCACAAAAUGUAGAGUGGUUUUCGAUGGAUCUAGCAAAUCCUCAACGGGAAUUUCGCUCAACGAGUGCCUCAUGGUGGGGCCGACCGUUCAGGAUUCAUUAUAUGCCAUCGUCAUACGGUUUCGUAUGUACGAGAUUGCACUCGUUGCAGAUAUAACAAAAAUGUAUCGCCAAAUAUGGGUACAUCCCAAUGACAGAAGUCUUCAGCGUGUUUAUUGGCAAAGCAAAACUGAUCCAGACGUCCGUACAUAUGAGUUGACUACGGUGACAUACGGCACUGCAUGUGCUCCGUAUUUAGCUAUCCGAUGUCUCCAGCAACUUUCUCACGAUCAUCGGAGGAACGAAGAUGAUGCUGCUGAAAGAAUUGGAAAAGACUUCUACGUGGACGAUUUUCUCAGCAGUGCUGACAAUGAAGACGAAGCAGUACAAUUGUACUCUGAUGUUAAAAGCAUCCUCGCGUCGGCAGGAUUCGAGCUCAGAAAGUGGAAUUCGAAUUCGUCAGAAGUAUUGUCAAACAUCCCAGCAAAUUUGAAAGAUGAUAGAUCGAUUGUAACAGUUGACGAUGUACAAGGAUCCGUUAGCACGCUAGGUCUGCUUUGGCAUCCGGAAUCAGAUACGUUCAGAUUCAAAGUUCCAGAAUGCUUCAUUAAUGCUCCAAUCACGAAACGAAUCGUGGUCUCCGAGAUGUCCAAACUUUUUGAUCCUCUGGGAAUCCUGGGACCAAUUGUCAUCACAGCCAAAGUAUUUGUCCAGUUACUUUGGAAAUCGAAACUGGGCUGGGAUGAAGUGCUCCCCAGCUCGCUUUGCAACGUGUGGGAAAAUUAUAGACGAGGUUUGAAUACGCUCGAAUCAUUCUCUAUUCCACGCUUAGUGAAAGCUCCAGGUUCUGAAAAAACUAUUCAGCUUCAUGGGUUCUGCCAUGCAUCCAAAAAUGCAUAUGGUGCAUGCAUUUAUGUCAGAAGUGUAGGCACGAAUGGUAUCACCACAACCCGUCUAUUAACAGCGAAGUCAAGAGUAGCUCCCAUCCAGACCCUAUCAAUCCCUAGGUUAGAGCUCUGCUCUGCUGUUCUCCUUAGUCAUUUACACGAAAACGUUAUGCUAAAUCUCAAUAUGAAUAUUAAUUCCUUCUUUUGGUUUGACUCGUCGAUCACCCUGCAUUGGCUGCACAAUCGACCAUCGAACUACAGCACCUUCGUGGCAAACCGUGUCGCGGAGGUACAGCGACUAACAGAAGGAGGUAUUUGGAACCACGUCGCCGGGUUGGAGAAUCCGGCUGAUCUCAUCUCCAGGGGCUGCGAUCCCUGCGAACUUAUCAACAAUACCCUGUGGUGGAAGGGUCCACCAUGGCUAUCGUCUGACCGUUCAGAAUGGCCAAGCAUGUUUCCUGUUCCUGAUCGGUUACCAGAUCAUCAGGCGUCACUGAUUGCACGCUGUUCACCCGCUAUUCGUCACUGUCGAGACUCACCCGCAUCGUCGCAUACUGUCGCCGGUUCGUGCAUCACUGUCGGAUCAAGUCUGCUGGAUCCGAUUUGCAACUCCUUCCGCAUUUAA